GUGACAGCGAUGCUCUUGGCGAGAGGCGCAAAGGGCGCGAACUGACGCGGGUCUCGGGACAGAUAGGUUGUGGGCCAGGUCAGUCCGGAAUUGGAGAUCAACUUUCAGAAGCGAGACACCCCUGCAAGACCCGGGACUCUUCCAACUCUUUCACCUCCAUGGGCCAGACGGCCCUGGCAGGGGGCAGCAGCCGCAGCACCCCCACCCCACAGGCCCCGUACCCUGACCUCUCAUGUCCUGAGGGCCUGGAGGAACUGCUGUCUGCACCCCCUCCUGACCUGCGGUCCCAGCGGCGCCACGGGUGGAACCCCAAGGACUGCUCAGAAAACAUCGAUGUCAAGGAAGGGGGGCUGUGCUUUGAGCGGCGGCCUGUGGCCCAGAGUACUGAUGGGGUUCGGGGUAAGAGCGGCUACUCGAGAGGCCUGCACGCCUGGGAGAUCAGCUGGCCGCCGGAGCAGAGGGGCACCCACGCAGUAGUCGGCGUGGCCACGGCCCUGGCCCCGCUGCAGGCCGACCACUACGCGGCGUUGCUGGGCAGCAACAGCGAGUCCUGGGGCUGGGACAUUGGGCGUGGAAAGCUGUACCAUCAGGGCAAGGGGCCUGGAGCCCCCCACUAUCCAGCCGGACUUCAGGGUGACCCGUUGGAGGUGCCAGAGAGGCUACUGGUGGUUCUGGACAUGGAGGAGGGAACUCUGGGCUACGCUAUUGGGGGCACUUACCUGGGGCCAGCCUUCCGAGGAUUGAAGGGCCGGACCCUCUACCCGGCUGUAAGCGCUGUUUGGGGCCAGUGCCAGGUCCGCAUCUGCUACCUGGGCGAGAGGAGAGCGGAGCCGCACUCCCUUCUGCACCUGAGCCGGCUGUGUGUGCGCCAUGCCCUGGGGGAUACCCGGCUUGGCCAGGUAUCUGCUCUGCCGCUGCCCCCUGCCAUGAAGCGCUACCUGCUCUACCAGUGACCUGUGCUACCCAACAGUGCAAGGAGACCUUGUGGGUCUCAGGAGUGGCACAGGAGGUUGCUGGCUCACACCAGCUUCUUAAAGCCAGUGCCUCUGAGGGAGGAGGCGAGCUCCUGUCCCCAGUAUUCUGGGGAGCUCAACAGUCCCAGAGGCACCCAGAGUGGGUGGCAGGAGGGUGCCAUUAUUCGAGCCUGUGGCUGCCUGG